GUGGAAUAUUCGCGUCUGAUGCAGUCUUGGCGGCAGCACCGCCACAGCCGGGCCGGAUCUUUCGAUAGCGAUGCUGCUGCUUGAUCCGCCACCAAGGCCAGAUGUCAUCUUUUAGUUUGCAAUCCAUGGACGUUGUCAGGCCACAUAGACCUCUCUGCCUUUCUUCUUGGAAUUACAAGGGUGCCGCUGGUGCUGCUUUUUUGCAGCUUUUUAAUUCCACGUUUGGCUUUGCCAACCCCUUUCCUGGUGCCUGAAUUCCAUCUGCGCUGGAAGUUUUUAAGCUCUAGAUGAUGCGCCUCAUCUGCGCGUUUUGCUGAUAAACUAUUUCACCGGCCACAUCGACGUUCUCGAGGGCUGUUGAAGUCUAUUUCAUAGACUAUACGGCGGCAUUCUUUAGCUGUCCCUGUUCUCGAUUGCAUAAUCUAUUUGUUGCUGUCGGAGGAAAGGUGUCCCAAGAUGCGCUCUGCCGCGAAGAUAUUCUACCUGGCAGUCUUUGCGCUGCUGGGACCUGCUAAAGCAGCCAGCCAUUAUGGAUCUGCUGAUACGUGUGCUAUCGAUCCCAAGGCUACCGUCUCUGACACCUGCGCCUCCUACGCGAGAAUCGAUACGCUCAAUGACCAGAUAUACCCCAUCCUCAAUUCUAUAACUCAUGACACGGAUUUCUUCUCGUACUACCGUCUUAACUUGUUCAAUAAAGAAUGUCCAUUCUGGUCAGACGAGAGUAGCAUGUGCGGGAACAUUGCAUGCUCAGUCCAUACCAUUGAGUCGGAGGAAGAUAUACCCCCAAUUUGGAGAGCAGAGGAACUGAGUAAAUUGGAAGGUCCCAAGGUCGGACAUCCUGGUCGAAAACAACAGGAGGAGCGGCCCAAGGACAGGCCGCUUCAGGGGGAACUGGGCGAGGACGUCGGAGAGAGUUGUGUGGUUGAAUAUGAUGACGAGUGUGAUGAGAGAGACUACUGCAUUCCCGAGGAUGAAGGCGCGGCCGGAAAGGGCGACUAUGUGAGUCUAGUGGACAACCCGGAGCGGUUCACAGGGUACGCAGGUCCCGGAGCUCAUCAGGUGUGGGAUGCGAUCUAUCGUGAAAACUGCUUUGUGAAGCCAACGCCUGAGGCGCAAACUCCAUUUAACCAGCCAUUCCGCGGUUUGCCUGAGGGAGGCCUCCAGGCUGCCAAUGACUUCAGAAAUGUCCUCCAACAGGAAAUGAAGCGUAGCGACAGUCUGCCGCUGGACAAUGAGUGUUUGGAGAAACGUGUCUUCCACCGCGUUAUCAGCGGAAUGCAUGCGUCUAUCUCGACUCAUCUUUGCUGGGAUUACCUGAAUCAGACGACGGGUCAAUGGGCACCAAAUGUGCAGUGCUACAAGGAGAGGCUGCACAACCAUCCGGAGCGGAUAUCGAACCUCUAUUUCAAUUACGCCUUGGUCUCUCGGGCUGUCGCCAAGCUGCGAAAGCAUUUGGAAGGAUACACCUUCUGUACCAGUGACCCAGUUCAGGACCGCGAGACGAAGCAAAAGGUGUUGGAUCUCACCAACGAGCUCGCGUCACGGCCACAGGUCUUCGACGAGACCGCUAUGUUCCAGGACCCAAGCGCGGCUGGCCUAAAAGAUGACUUCCGCCACCGAUUCAGGAACGUCAGCAGACUGAUGGACUGCAUUGGAUGCGACAAAUGCCGGCUCUGGGGAAAGCUCCAAGUCAAUGGCUACGGGACUGCCCUGAAGGUCCUGUUCGAUUACGAUGAGAAUAACACCAUCGACAAUCCACCACUUCGACGCACAGAGCUUGUUGCUCUUAUCAACACAUUCGGUCGCAUCUCCCACAGUUUAGCCGCAGUGCGUAGUUUCCGACAGGCAGUGGAGUCUGGCAAGGAGGAUCUGCUCACCGUUCACCCCCCGGUGUCAGAGCCCCUCAGAGCACCAGGGGAGAAGAAGGGAGCAGAAGCGAGACAUUAUUACAAGGACGGAGGGUCAUCCUUUUACGCGGAAGAUGAUGACGAUGACUGGGACUCUGUAGACGACUAUCGGCCGUGGGAGAGGACUGAAGAUGAUGUCGCAGAUACCCUCCUAGGAAUGAUCAAGGCAGAAGUCAAUGUCUUUUGGCGGACGUUCACUUGGGUUCUGCACUCGUGGGUGCAGCUUCCCCGCACUAUAUGGGAGAUAUCGAUUCUGGAACUGGACCGCCUGUGGAGUUACUGGCUGGGUCUGCCAGUGACGCCCCGCGCCUGGAAAAUCCGAUUCCCUAAUCCACCUUCUUCUGGUGACCGGGAGCUGUGACCAUGGUCGCAAGUUCUCCUGCGUUUCAAUUUAUUGUGCAUGGUAUAUUCAAGUCCGAAUUGGCGUUCGAGCUCUCUCUUUUCAUUCACGCGCACAUUAACAACGCGCAUGGUUCACUUACUAGGCAUUCCCCUUGGAGUCAUGGGUAGCACUACAUGUAUAUAAUACUACUUUGGGCUGUGACAGUCACCUCGAUAUCUUACUAGACUCUUCUCCGUUGCAUCAUCCGAGAAUAUGAAGCUCUAUUCGCUGAGCAUGAUUUUCUUUUCCACUCUGCAGGUGUAUGUAUUUCGAUCCGCGGAAUUAGCGGAACGGCAUAGAGCCAUGAUGUAUGAUUCGUAAAGAUUCGUUCUGCAUUCUGUCGGCGUACAAAGCAAACGCCAGGUGAUCUGCAAUCAUCCGUUACACCAGGUUCCCG